GACCUUUUCACAAAGAGCAAACUAUGUUCUUAAUUUAUUAUUAUUUAUUAUUAAUUACACACUGAGUCCAGAACAACGAGGAGCGGCUGCAGGGGUUAGCUGAGCAGCUUCAGCAUCGGUGACGUGCUGUUCUCUCCUGUUUUUGUUUGUGUGUGUAAUCACUUCCCUGCAAUACUGCAAAAUGAGUCCAGAGGGGAAGAGGCUGCUGAACAUCAUUGUUCUGGGCUUCGGCUUUAUGUUCAUGUUCACCGCUUUUCAGACAUGUGGCAACAUAGAGCAAACAGUUAUCAAGAGCUUCAACAGCACCGAGUUCCACGGGAGCGGAUACACGAGCAUGGCCAUCAUCUACGGCGUCUUCUCUGCUUCCAACCUGAUCGCCCCUUCGGUGGUGACCGUCAUCGGGCCGCAGCUGUCGAUGUUCUUUAGCGGGCUUUUGUACAGCGGCUACAUCGCUAUGUUCAUCUACCCGUACACGUGGAGCUUCUACACGGCGUCGGUGUUAGUCGGAAUAGGAGCAGCAGUCCUGUGGACGGCGCAGGGAAAUGUGCUCGCCAUCAACUCCACUGACAGCACCAUCGGGAGAAACAGCGGCAUCUUCUGGGCGCUGCUGCAGUUCAGCUUAUUCUUUGGAAAUCUGUACAUAUACUGCGCCUGGCACGGACACGAUCACAUAACGGACAAGGACCGGCAGACGGUGUUCAUCUCGCUCACGGUGAUCAGUCUGGUGGGUUGCUUCCUCUUCUUUCUGAUCCGGAAGCCUGACCCCGAACCCGCUUCCUCUGAGGCGUCGGAGUCGCUGCUGCAGGCCGAAUCCACAGAGAGCACAGCGAGCUCGCCUCAGCCGAGCCUCUGCUCACAAGCUCUGGACGCUUUCUUCAAAGCGUGUAAAAUGUUCGUCACCAAGGAGAUGCUGCUGCUGAGCUUCUCUAUAGGAUACACAGGCCUGGAGCUCACUUUUUACAGCGGGGUUUACGGGACGUGUAUCGGAGCCAUGACGCGGUUCGGCCAGGACGCAAAGGGCCUGAUCGGCAUCUCCGGCAUCUGCAUCGGCAUCGGCGAGAUCUUAGGAGGGGGCGUGUUCGGGAUGCUGAACAAGUGCAACCGGUUUGGGAGGAACCCGGUGGUGCUGCUGGGGCUCAUCACUCACUUUGUUGCCUUUUACCUGAUUUUCCUCAACAUUGCCAGCGACGCUCCGAUAGCCCCGGAGGCGGGAACAGACCUGCAGGCCUACAUCACGCCCAGGAUGAUGAACGUAUUCCAGCCCGAUACUGUGGUAUGUUUGGUUCAGCCUGACAGUGGCUGCACAUUACAGCCAAACAUUAAAAUCAAUUUAAACAUUUAUCUGUGCUAAAUCAGAAGUUACGAGGAGGUUGUGCACGAGAUUUACCUUCGGUUCCUCCCGCCGUUUAUUUUCUGCAAAUGUAUCAAAACAAAUUCUGAAAGCAGCCUUCACUGCGGGAUGAUGGAUAAAGACUUGUUAAUCACAUAAAAAGCACUUUUGAUUCAACAGUGAUGAUAUAAAGAGUCCCACUGUUAGUGCCUGUACGAGCAGAUCCUGAAGAACAAUGCUGACGUUAUUGUGUUUUAACACAAACACCCAGUUUUUAUUGGACGUAGCUGCUUCGGCUGCACGAACUGACUCAAAGGACGAGUGUCGGGAUAUUAUAUAUCGUUCCUCUUGUCAAAAUAAACCC